AUGGUGGGUGGGGGCGGUGGGCUUGUAAUUCUUGGUUGUGUGGCGCCGCGGGCUCUGCCCAGAGACCAGCGGCGCAGGGCAGGCUGGCGUGCGUGGCGGGGCGGCAGGAAGGCCCAUGUGGCGUGCCUGGCCCAGCGUGGGUGGGGGGCGGCACACGGAGGCCGCCCCACCACGGGAGGGUGUCAGUGUCACCCUGAGUGUCGCGUGAGUGCCACCACCUCCCCGCCUGUCGCCCCGCCCUGCCCCGCCCCGGCCCGCCCUGACCCUUCACCUCGCAGGUCUGAUGAAGACUUAGGUGGUCCCACCACUAAUGGGGGUCAUAGUGGCGUGACCCCUACCCCCGCCCAGCUGACUGGCCUGCAGGGCCCCCCUGGCCACACCCACCUCUGGGUAAUGCCGCAGUACCACGACGCUGUACUGGAUCACGCCGGCGGCGGUCCCAAGACUGUGUUUUGGCUAGACCAGCCCCCGCUGCCGGCACGCCGCCCGCGCCCACGCAAACAUGCUAAGAGCUUGCUGGCUGCCCUCAGGAAGCGCCGCGCCACCUACACCGUCACGCCGCCCACAGACAGCCCGCCGUCCUCGCCCGCCACAUCGCCGCCCUCCCUGAGCCGCAGUGUGAGCUACACGGAGACCCGCCUCCCCGCCUGGAGCAGGACGCCCUCGCCCUCCCCCUCCUGGUCCAGGCACAGCCUGUGGGCGGGCACCACACCCUCCAGCUCCACCUUCACCACUCCCUCCCAGUCAGCCUCCCCGUCCCCGGCAGCCUCGCCGCCCUCCACGCCCCUGCUGGGCUCCACGCCGCCCCGCCAUGCCCACAGGCACUCCUCCGUGCCCCGCUUCUCAGCCUCGCCCAGCCCCGGGCCGCCAGCUGACAGGCUGCCGCCAAAGGUGGUGCCCUGCCCCAGGAAGGCAGUGGGUGAGAGCUGGGACGUGUGGGCGGGGUGCACGCCGCCCCGCCCCGUGCCGCCCACGGACUGGCCCAGCGGCAGGGCGAAGCAGGUGACCAUGACCAUGGAGGAGAACGCGGCACAGUACCGACGCUGGUUGCAAGACACUCCGAAGUCCAGCAGGGGGGUUCUGAACCGUGCCAUCUCUUUCAAGGACAAGCUGGGGCGCAUCAAGUCCCCGCUGAGGCAAGGCGAGCUGGAGAAGGCCGAGCCGUCACCGAACAGCGAGAGUGUGGACCGCAAGGUGGAGAAUGUGUGGCGGUCGCUCAUGUUCUACAAGGAUGUGGUGGAGAAGAACACAAUGUACAUGUUGCCCGGUUCGGCCACGGAGGUGCUGGAGGUGGUGCUGGCUCUCAUCCUCGCCCUGAAACCUAAAUUCACAAACCAAAACAGGGAUGAUGCCUCGUCUUCAUUGUCCUCCACUGACUCAAGCUCAACUGUGUCGUCGGUGAUCGCCGGUGUGCACCACAGCCUGGCCGAGCUGGUGCGGUGGAGUGACCAGCGCCUGCUGUACGAGGAUGACACCCACAACACCCAGACAGUCCAGGAGGUGGUCCAGGUGGUCAGGGAAGCCGUCCAGGCAUUGAUUGACCUUGCAGCUGAUAAGGAAAAUCGGUACAUAUCAGACUCCACCAUGUCUCCGUCCACCCUUGACAACAACAACUCAAUAGACAAGUCUCCAGCCUGCUACAGCAAUAGGAAUUCAGAAAUAUCAAACCACAGAAACUCCCUUCCUGAGAUCAAGCAGGACUCCCCAAUCGAGCACAAUGGAAGGUACCUGCACCCCGGUGACAACUCAGGCAAGCUGAGUCACUCCCGAAGCUCUGACUCCAUACUGACUGGGGUGGAGGUGGAGGGGCCGCCUCCCAAGCCUCCGCUGCCUAUCUGUCCUGAUGUAGCUCCUCCACUGCCGCCCAAAAGGAAGCACCUCAUGGGCAGCUCCCAGGACGCCUUCGUUGGCCACCUGCACUCCAUUGCCUCCCCUGUCAGCCAAAGCUCCAGAGAAAAUUCCUCAGACUGGCUCAACCACAGCCAUGGACCAAACUCCCUCUCAGCAACAUUGGAGAGAAGCUCCAUGACCAAUUCUUCAGACCAGGUGUCCCCAGCAUCAAGCCUGGACUCCAUGAACCACCCACAUGAUGACCCACCAGCCUCCAGGACCAGUCUGGACUCCUCAGGCUCCCUGCCGGACCGUUCAGAGCUUGAAUCGGACUCAAAUUACUUGAAGCACAUUCAUAAAAGUAUAGACACGUUGACGAUUAGUAUAGGAGAAUCCAUGUCUAGCAACAGUCAAAUCUUCAAUAAAAACAGCCAGACAGUGUCCAUCAAGACGCAAUGUUCAUCUCAGGUGCGCAUGUAUACUUCCCAACACACUGUGUCAUGCACCACCACCCGCUCCUCCACAUCCUCCUCCGCCUCCUCCUCCUCCUCCAGUGGCAGUGAGGGAGAGAAAUGUGACAGCAGUGCCAAAUCCCUCCUGGGACCAAGGUGGCAGGAGAGACCACGUGUCUCCCACAGCAGGGCCCACUCCACCUACGACAACCUGGAGCAAGGGAACUACGAUGACACUACAUCCCAGGAAGGACCAAGUCCUGAGCUGCCCCCCAAGGCAAGGAACAUAGGGAGCAGCAGCAGCAGCACCACCACCAUCAGUAGCUACGAGUCCCGAGGAAUGAGCAUGAUGAGCAACAGAAGCACCACUAGUCAGGAUGGAAGCACUGUGGUCCAGAUGCGGCGACAGCAGCAGUUUGACAUGCACCACGUCACUGUGAGCAGUGGUGACGACCACCCGCCACCUCUACCGGAGAAGAAGAAGCACGUUCAUGAUUACAUGAGGCUGUUUGGACAGGUGGCUGAGCCCAAUCCCAGUGAGCUGCUUCGCCACUCAGUGCACCAGAUGCACCUCAUGUCUUCCCACUUCAAUGACCAUGACCAUGAGCAAGAGCUCAUUCAAGGUCACACUCUCAGGAUACAUAAUGUUGAGGAUGAUAAGAUGGCCAAGCCCCCAGCCCUGCCUCCUAAAAGGCGGACACACAGACCACUGGCUCGGCAGUCCUCGCCCCUGUCAUCUCUGCCCUCCUCAGCCGUGGCCACCCCCAUUGAUGUUACACCUGAAAAUUCUCUUGUUUUAGCUGAAAGUAGUGCAUACCGCAAGUCAACGGAGGAGAAGGACGAGCCAGAGGAGGUCAUAAUCAAGGACCAGUCUGUUGAAAUUGACAGACACAAUAACACAGACACUAGGGAGGAAGUGGAAGACGAGGAGGAGGAGGACAGUUUGCUGGACCUGCUUGAUGUGAGGGAAUACCUGAUACUCAAGAAGGAGGGAGAAGAGGGCCCAGAGAUCCGUGGUGGUCCAGUUGAUGCUCUCAUCGUCCAUGCAUCUAAAGCAAAUAAGAAUGAUUUCUUAUAUCAAGAAGCAUUCCUGACCACGUAUCGCACCUUUAUCUCCCCUGAUGAACUUGUUCACAAGCUACUGAAGCGUUACAACAGGUUUGUCAGCAGCCCAGACACUGAGAGGCAGAGGGCCGCCAAGAAUGCCUUCUCUCUCUUGGUGCGUUUGGUGGAUGACCUUGCAAUCAUCGAUUUAUCCAUCGAGACCCUGGAAACACUAACAGACUUUGAGUAUGGACUCUUAUGUCGUGGGGAGCUGUCUCAGGCUCGGCUCCUAAGAAGGAAGAUUGUUGAAAAGUUUGAGGCAAGGAAAAGGCAUAAUGCAUCAAAAGAGAACUAUAAUAUAGCAUCCUUAGCAGUCACUACAAGAACUAUGUCUCUUCUUGAUUUCAAAGCUCAAGAUAUUGCUGAGCAGAUGACUCUAUUAGAUGCAGAACUUUUCUUAACUAUGGAGAUCCCUGAAGUUCUGCUUUGGGCUCGAGAACAAAAUGAGGAAAGGGCUCCCAACCUAAACAAGUUCACGGAACACUUCAACAAGAUGUCUUACUGGGCCCGCACUCGCAUCCUGGAGCAAGUGGAUGCUAAGGACCGUGAGAAAUAUGUUUUAAAGUUCACAAAAAUUAUGAAGCACUUACGCAAAUUCAACAACUUCAACUCUUACUUGGCUCUUCUGUCAGCCCUCGACUCUGCUCCAAUCAGGCGGCUGGAGUGGCAGAAGAACAUCACCGACGGUCUCAAAGAAUACUGUCUGCUCAUCGACUCGUCUUCUUCCUUCCGAGCAUACAGACAGGCUCUCUCAGAAUCUUCACCACCCUGCAUACCCUACAUUGGCCUGAUUCUUCAAGACCUGACAUUUGUCCAUAUUGGCAACAAUGAUCUCCUUCCUGAUGGCAAUGUCAAUUUCUCCAAAAGAUGGCAACAGUUCAACAUAUUAUUAGACAACAUGAAAAGAUUUAAGAAGUGCACAUACAAUUAUAAGAAGAAUGAGAAAAUCAUCACUUUCUUGAACAACUUUGAUAACUACCUUAACGAAGAGGCUUUGUGGAAUAUCUCGGAGGAAAUCAAGCCACGAGGAGGGAAGAAGAAGUGAGAAUCAAGGCCAGCCAGUGCUCCAGGAGGAAGGAAAAUUAAAAUAAACUGAUAAACUUAUGAAAUUUUAGAUAAAUGUGAAUUAAUAGCAUCUCUGCUCAUCACAGCUGAGCAACAACACAUAAAUGUAAGCAAAUCAGUAUUGGCUUCAAGUAUAACACAUAUAUAACAUGAAUUUUAGCAAUGUUAGACUUUGAAUUUGAAGCCAGUUCCUGCCAUGGAUUGGCAGCCUCUCCAGGGCCGUGUGAGGGUAGACUAUUCCAGCAGUAGUGUAGACUACUGAAGAUAAUUUAUUUUGUAAAAUGAAAGAGACAUGUGGUAAUUUAUAUCAUGUUGGAUAAGUAUUUAAGAGCUUGGUUUAGUAUUAUCUCCUGAUGUACUGGUACUGUAUUUAGUACUCAAACCAAAUGUAAAAUAUACUUCUUUUUUUUUUAAGUGUAAAUAUGAGAUUUAAUUUUGUACAGCCAUAUUACAAAGGUGGUGAAUUCUCUUCAAAGUAUUGUUUUUACUGUAAUGUUUUACAUUUAUUUCCUACAUUCAGGCCAAUGAUGCAUUUAUUCUUGGUUUUAAUCCUGGUUGAACAGAGGCACUCAAACUACUGCAUGUAAGGUCUGCUAAUACAACUAGGCAUACACAAGAUGGUGCAGCCCUUAUUGUACACAACCAGCUGAUGAUGAUGUUACCUCACACAGCCAAAGUCCUUUUAUCCAAACAACACAAGAUCUAGAGUGAUCUGAGCCACUUCACAAAUUUUACAAGUACACCCACAGUAACAGUCUCAACAUUUAUGUAAGAUCACAUAACUUUUCUCAUGAAGGUAGAAAAGUCAGUUUUAAAACUUAACUGGAACAUGUAAAUGACAGAAUUUAAAAAUUAAAUUUUUGUGUUCCAGUUGUUAAAAUACCACAAGUGCUGCAGCACAGCUUCAGUCACAGCUGGUGGGGAUGAGUUUGUCAUACAGGGAUGAUUUUGACUUUGGGUUUUCAGUACUGGCAAAAGCCAUUGCAUGGAAGUAGCAUGCUGGUAAUCUGCAAGCCUUAAGAAGUAGUGAAGAUGAAACCACAACACUAAAGACUACAUCACUAUAAUACAAAUUUUGUUGAUACAGUCCCACCAAUGGCAAACAGACAUGAACCAAGAUUGGCACAAAGGAUGCACGUGCUGACCAUAUCUUCACGUGCUCAGCCUUGACUGACUGGUGGGGAGAGAAAACCUUGGCCUGGAACACCACAGGACUACUUUCACGUAGUCCCUUAUUCACCACUAAGGCAAUUCAUUCAACAACUGACAAGCAUACACACUACCUGCUCCAGUCUGCACUUCACCUAAGGAAUGAAGAUAAAAAGUCCGUAAUAUUUGCCACUCCAUCACUGAGGUUCAUUGAAGUUUGGAUAAAAGGAAUUUCACUAUACUGUGCUUGUCACUAAUGUUUGGCUAAUAUAGUGAAUACAUCAUUAAAGCCACACUGUCACAUUCAGUAUAAUGAAUUAUGGUGCAAAAUUGUGAUUCAGUAACACAACACAAACAUAAAUAUUUUUGUAGGCAACUCUAGAGUUGGCUUCAUUUCAUCCCCUUGUGAGGGAUGAGGAAUAUUUGUAUGCCAAAAGAAUUAUUAAUUAUGUGUAAAAAUACAUGUGUAUCCCAGUCCAAUGUAUGAUGUUGUGUGAGUGAAAGUAAAGCAUCAGAAUGGUGCUCUCUAUAAAGGCCAUAAUGGCUAGUCUUGUGCAUUGUAUUAACUAUAGCUAGGUUUGAAGAACGUCUUAUUGUGAAGCUACAAGGAGCAGCCGUGUGUGUGCGUGUGUGCUUGCGUGUGUGUGUGUGUUUGUGUGUUUGUGUGUGUGUAAGAAUAAGUGAAGGCUUCAAUGCAGGGUGUGUACACUCCCAGCCAUGUGUGCUUCAUCAGUGUGUGUGCAUGAGUCAGCAUGGUACUGAUGAGCUGCCACUAAGAAUCAAACCUUUCAGUAUGUUAGGAAAUUAUCUGUACAUACUUGUAUAGCCAGUUAUAUUACAUUAUUUCUAUAAUCAUUAUUUUAGUUACAAAUGUCACUUUCAUUUUAGAAGUUAACAGAUUGCAGAGACUUGGUUCUCAGUGAGUCACCAUGUAGCAGAAGUUUCCUGUACUCCAGAUGUAAACUUUAGCAAGCCAAAGAGACAGCCCAGUGGCUGCAUGUAUAAGUCCAAAGAUGUAUUCCUGCUUGUGAGUAGAUGAAGCUGUCAUCCUAAUGUAAAUGCUCCUGAAAUAGAGCCAGCUACACCAGUUGCAUUUGCAUAAUUUUUGGAGUAGUACAAGGAGCUUGACCUUGGGCUCCACUAGUGAGGGCAACCACACUCAUGGGGACAAAGUGAAAAUUCAGUAUGAUUUAUACUGGAUUAUUUCCACAAAGAAUCACACCAACUGAUGAUUAUUCACUCCUAAGUAUCUUCAGUUUAUAUUUCAGGUUGGCAGGUCACACAUCAUUCAUGAAUGCUAAACAAUUCAUUUUCUCAUUGCCAUUACACUCCAGGUUUCAUCUCAUUCAUGUUUCCAUCCCUCACCAUUUAUCAUUCAGUUGGACUUGUUCAACACCACCACCAAAGGUAUCAAGGUCACAAGAUAAUCAAGGUUCUCAGUCCAUCAUCCAUGCCAGGUGUUAUCAGGGAAGCUUUAGGAAGGAGGCAGGUACCAAGGUUUAUUUAAUGUGCUGUGUGUCAACAGCCAGAUGGUGAUGUGUGAGCUCGUGCAGUGCUAGUGUGUAAGAUUCUCUGUUGUUAAGAAGUGAGUGGUUCCCAAAUUUUACUUAUGAAUUUGAUUUUUUUUCAAAUCUGCAUAUUGAUUCUGUGUAAAAAUCACUGUGUUGAUUAUAGUACUGGCUUCUUUGGUGGGAAGUAGUGUUCAAUGUAUGAAGCUGCCUUGUCACAGUCAAGAUUCCUCUGCAAGGCUUGCAUCGCAAUUCAUUCACUUGUCACAACGAUUCACUUGUGUCACUUUACCUGGACACAAUACUGACUCAAGUCACAAAAAUGUUCUGCAGUUUUAGUUUACUGAUGUUGUCUUUCCAUGAUGAGGUGAGCUUAAUCCUGGAAAACCAGGUUUGUUUACCAUGAGCUUGUAAACUCAUUAUGAAAUAUUACAGCAUAAAUGGAAACCAUGUAUGUAUAAAACUUUCCUCAUCUUCAAAUGAUUUUUCAAGGUGUAUUCUUUGUAUUCUUAUCUGCUUUGUCAGGGAUAGUAAAGACAAUGAUAACGAACAGAAUAUUAUCAAAUUAAGGAAAGAAAAUGAAUAAUUGCUUCAUAUGCUAUUUCAUUGCCUGGGUUGUAGGUUAAAGUAGCUCAUACCCACCACCCACCCAAUACAGCAGUAACUUAGCAAUAUACCUGGUUAGAAAUGAACAGGCUAUGCAGGACACUAAUACUGUGUAGCAACCAGUACAAUGAAACACCUCUCCGAGCCCCAUUUGUUUACACAGGUGUGGCACAGCAGUAUUUCUAAACUAGUGAAGUGUUUGUAAAGGAAUAAGUGUGUAAUAACCUGGUAACACAAAACAUUUAGUAGAAUUCAUCCUAUUUUUUUUUUUUCCAAAACUGCACCGUGAGGAACUACACCAGACAUCGAAUGCUGGAAACAGUUACCACACAACGCAUCACAUUUAUCAUUGUGGUUUUAUGCACCUCAUUUUGUACGUAUCAUGUGUAUAAAGAUUAUUUUUCCAUGCUGCAUGAUAUGUACAGCCCCUACAAUGGUUCUGUAGUGUUAAGAUGGUGCCACAAGGUCACACCCUGUGCAUGUGCUGCUGUGCUUGGCACUGUGUGGCUCAGCAGAGAUGGACAGGGUGGUGUUCCUGGGGUGCAAUGGAGGCAUCAGUGCCUCAGCAUGAACUUCGGUGUUCCUGAGGUGCAACAGCUGGUGUGGAUGAAGCUCCUCUGAGGAGUAUAAAGGAGGAAUCAGAGGCUGUCAGAACACAGCCCCUUAUUCUAGUCAUUUUAGUAAGUCAUUGCACAUUAAGAUAUUAUUUAACUUUGGACUGUUUUCAAAAUGUAGUAGUUAUUAUUUAAUCCUGCAUAAUGAGUUGCUAUAAGUUAAUGGUUUGUAUUGUCAAGCAAUUUUAUACAUUAAAGGAAAUUUAUAUGCC